UGUGUUGAAAGACCCUUAAUUAUUUCACAAAAUCAGACACAUAUUCCCCUCUCACCACUCCCCCGAGGUAUAAAAAUUUGCACCCCUCUCUGGCAAACUUGAAACCAUUAGUCAAAAUGGCUUUGAUGAUGGAUGGUUGCGAUGGCAUACUCAUGUCCUUAGAGUCACAGAAAUCCGUUCCGGCGCCGUUCCUGACGAAGACGUACCAGCUGGUGGACGACCCCUCCACCGACCACAUCGUGUCGUGGGGCGACGACGAGUCCACCUUCGUGGUGUGGCGGCCCCCGGAGUUCGCCCGCGACCUCCUCCCCAACUACUUCAAGCACAACAACUUCUCCAGCUUCGUCCGCCAGCUCAACACCUACGGUUUCAGAAAGAUCGUCCCGGACCGAUGGGAGUUCGCCAACGACUUCUUCAAGAAGGGCGAGAAGCACCUCCUCUGCGAGAUCCACCGCCGCAAAACGUCUCACCCCGCCUCCCCCGGAUUCUUCCCCUUCUCCAGCCGCGUCAGCAUAUCCCCGCCUGAUUCCGACGAGUCUCCUCCGCCGCCGCUGCACGCCACCGGAUAUCAAAACUCAUUCGCCGCGCUGUCCGAAGACAACGAGCGGCUGAGGCGGAGCAACACCAUGCUGAUGUCGGAGCUCGCCCACAUGAGGAAGCUCUACAACGACAUUAUCUACUUCGUGCAGAAUCACGUCAAGCCUGUGGCGCCCACCAAUUCCUUUCAUCAUUCUUCUUCUCUACUCAUUGGAAACCCUAGAAAAAUCCCCAAUUCUAUUAUCAACGCUUCCUCUUCUCCCAGCAAGAGCAGCCUCACGGUAGCGCCCCACACCGAGCCACCACCACCGCCUCAGUAUCGGACGAAGCUCUUCGGCGUAGCGCUCUCUUCUAAAAAGAGAUUGCACCCCGAAUACACCUCCGCCGCAGCCGCCACCACCAACAAGACAAGGUUGGUUCUUGAAAAGGGCGAUUUAGGAUUCAAUCUCAUGCCUCCUUCUCCAUGAAAAAAAGGUGUUUUUGUUUUGUUAGUUGGUGAAUGCGUGAGUGUGUGUAAAUAACCGCAUUGAUGCAGAUGGGUUUUGCUUAGAGUUGAGAGAUUAAUUAAUUACGACGAUCGAUCAUCAUACUUUUUCUUUUUUGUUUAAUUUGAAAGUUUGAAAUUAGGGUGAUGAUUGGAUCUCAACUCUUGUAUGUUUGUCUGGGACAGAUUAAUUAAUGCUACAGCCUGAAACUGAAACUUAUCUUUUUUAUCA